AUGCGUAGACAUGUAUUCCUACGCAUAGUGCAAGCUCUAGAAAAUCAUUCAGAGUAUUUCCAUACGAGGUUUGAUGCAGUCGGUAGAAGGGGGCUUUCGCCAUUACAGAAGUGCACCGCUGCUAUGCGAAUGUUGGCAUAUGGAGCGCCUGCCGAUUAUGUUGAUAAGUAUGUUCGAAUUGGUGAAACUACCGCUAUUGAAUGUCUAGUCAAUUUCGUUCGAGGAGUGAAUGAUAUUUUUGGGACCGAAUAUUUAAGACGGCCCAAUACUGGAGAUAUUCGUCGCUUAUCAAAUGGGGGAGGAUCCAAUAAUGAUCUCAACGUGUUAAAUCAAUCCCCAAUAUUCACUGAUAUCUUACAAGAGCAAGCUCCGAGAGUUGAGUUUACGAUAAAUGGCACGCAAUACAACAAGGGGUAUUAUCUAGCAGAUGGUAUCUAUCCAGAGUGGGGUACAUUUGUUAAAACUAUCCCACUGCCUCAAUGA